UUGUUAAAUCAUAUCAGUAUAAAUUGCAUGCCAAAUAAGUAUGUGUUUGAUCUCGUCAUAUCUAUAUUUAGCAAUGAUUAAACAAAAUUGGGUUCCCAAUUGUGAUCCCACUCGGGGAAAUACAAUUUAUACAGACACGUGAAUGGGUUUGCGGAAAACCGUGAAGAAAUCUGGGGUUCUUUUGAUUCUUCGAAGCCAACCUUAUUGAGAGCUGAUAGUGACUGUCUUAUUAAUACCUUUUCUUAUUAGUUAUGUUAAAAACAAACGCAUGGACAUAAUGAAAAGUGUGGUGGUUUUCUUUAUGGUGACUCAGUGUGUACAAUGUGUUGAAAUGCCGAAGUUUCCAUACCCGUGUUACGUUGACGUGUGUACGUUUCCUGAUCAAUUUUGUAACUCACGGGAGCGGCGAUGUAGUCCAUGUACCCGUGCAGUGUGUGCUCUGGGGGAGAGGUCAGUCCCUUUAGCCUGCAGAUACAUAUGCACACAAAACAACCAGCCUCAAACAACAACGACGACCACAGCAACAGUUAAAUCAAGUCCAGCCACAAUAUCAGGCGAUAAAUGUGAAUCCAUGCAUGUGUUAAUGAUCUACAGUUCUGUGUCUGUAACAGUGAUAUUGUCGGUUGCGAUGGGAAGUUUGGCUUUCUAUUGUCAUCGGAGAAAAUUUAGUUUUUCAAGGCCGCCUUCGUUGCUAGCUGAUGAAGUCAACAUACAAGAAAAAGACUUGAUGGUUAAGAAUUUCAUACAACAGCAAAAUCUUCUGAGAGCUUCAGAAGAUUCACAUAUGAAGAAUAUAAAUACCAGACAAACUCCUGUUACUAAAGUUCCUCGAAGGUAUGCAGAUUCUGGAAUACAGGCCGUGACUGCGGACCUAAAUAACUUAUCGGCGACAUCUUCGUCAGGGAACGGAGUUGUUAUCUGCUCUCCAGUGGAUGAAACUAAUGCAGUCCAAUAUUUUGUAACAGCUGAACCGAGCAUGACUAUGUUGCGGCAAGAAAACAAAAAUGUAUGUCCUACAGAGGAGGCCACUACCUUUCUGGAGGAAGAUGAAGGGCUACUACAACAAUACAGAAGCCUCAUGGCUCGACAUGACUCUAGUUUAGAAGAAGUUACAUCGACCAUUUCUUUAUAGGAAACUGCGAUUAAUAUUUUUUUUAAAUCAGCAUUUAUUCUAUUUAUUUAUUUUGCGAGUAUGUAUAAAUAUAAGUUCUGUGAUAUAAAUAUUAUAAAUCGUG